AUGGCUCCCUUCGGAGAGACGAUUGCUGUGAUCGACAAGUCUGGAAAGGUUGUUAGCACGAGCAAGCAUCUCUUUGGGGUCUUCAAAGAAGCCAGAUCUGCUUAUCGAGCUCGAAAGACGGAUAUCCAGGCCGAACACCGCGCUAAACAGGCUGAGAGGGAGGCCCGCCGGGCGCUGGAAAACUUCAAUCUUCAUGAUAGCCGGUCCACAGCCUCGGGCAGGAGACACCCGUCAAGGUCGAAGUCCGUAGUUCGACAUGGCGACCAGUCCAGUCGUCAUCAUAGACACACACAGAGGUCCUACGAGCAGGACUUACAUUCGGUGGCCUCCUCGCGUCGUUCUCGGCAUGGACAUGGGGAGCUUGCGCGGCGCCACACGUCUGCCGAGAUUGCCAUCGAUCAACCGCCCCAUUUAAAACCGGCAGAUCGUUCGCAGUCUGAGCCGCAUAUUGAUAUGAACUUGGCAUACGGCGAAUUCCAUCCUUCAGCUCUCGAGCGACUUCAACCUCCUGCCCCCGAAGGAGAGCUGGAUGGCCUCGUGGGCAAGGUAAAAGGCCUUCUAGUCGAGGUAGACUGCGCUCAGCAUUCCGCUGCGGCUACAAUUGCCCACUUACAAAAACACCCGGAUGCCAUGGCUGCUGUUGCUCUUACACUAGCGGAAAUCAGCAACCUUAUCAAGAAGUUCGCCCCAACAGCGCUCGUGGCAUUGCGUAACAGCGCUCCAGCUGUUUUCGCUCUUCUCGCUAGUCCGCAGUUUAUGAUCGCCGCCGGUGUUGGGCUUGGCGUGACAGUAGUGAUGUUCGGCGGUUACAAGAUCGUAAAACACAUCACUGCUGCAAAGGAGGCCAACGCCAUCCAGGAACCACAGCCGGAAAUGGACGAAAUGUUGGAAAUUGACGCUUCUCUGAGUCGUAUCGAGACAUGGAGGCGUGGCGUGGCCGAGUCUGAAGCAGAAAGCUGCGGUACUUCCGUUGAUGGAGAGUUUAUCACGCCCACUGCCGCAGCCAUGUCUCGUUUGCAUCUUCCACAGCGGGUCGCUGAUUUGCGCGAACCGGCGGCUCCCACUGAAGUGUCGUCAAGUUACUCCCGACAUUCGAGGAGCUCUCGAACCUCGAGGCGAUCGAAGGGUUCCAGAAGCGGUGGAGACAAAGAUAAGAAGAAGGGAAAAGAGAAGAAAAAGACAUCUACCCAACUCAAACUUUUGUUUAAGAAGUUCUAA